GAUCUAAUGAAGGUGAUAACAGCAAAGAUGAAGAAUAUCCAUGCUGCUCAGAGGCCUCUACCUUUGAUGAGAGCCUAUAUAAGGACUGUCUGAUCGUGAAAGUGGGUUUGUUGGAGGAGUUCCUCCUAUCCAAGCACAAAAUGAGUCAACCCAUUAUGAAGGCAGAGAUGCUGAAGAUUGUUGAUGUGAUGCACGAGGAUCAGUCUGAGAUCCUCAAGAUGACUUCUGAGCAAAUCGAGGUGGAUUGUGCAGUGGAUGUGACUGAAAUCGACUCAACCUGUCACUGGUUUGACCUUGUGAGCAAACCAAAACUCCCCAGCAAUGGAAGAAUUCAUGCUGGUAGAGGGUUACACAAAACACGUCUCUGUAUGAAUCUCCUGGGUGGGAUCUUUGUGAAGGUCAACUGUGCCCCUGAGGAAGACAUCUGGAAAUUCCUGAGUAUCAAGAGAGUAUAUUCUCGACAGAAGCACUUCAUCUAUGGAGAGCGCAGGAAACUCAUCACCGAAGUUUUGGUGAGGCUUAAGCUCCUGGAGUACCAGCUGGUGCCCAACGGUGAUCCUCCAUGCUACAAAUUCCUGUGGGGUCCAAGAGCCCACGCCAAAAACGGCCAAAUGAAAGUCCUCGAGAUUGUGGCCAAGGUCAAUGAUACUGUUCCUAGUGCCAUCUCAACACUGUACGAAGAA